GUAACGUGUAUCGGGUAAACAAAACGAGCUGCACGUACAUUACAUGUGCAUUGCACGGCACGGUCGCCGAAUUGUUAUUAGUUUGAUAGAGAUAGCGGGAUUGAAACAUUUUACCGAGAUGAAUGGACUUGCUCUGUGAUUAGUUUGUAUUGCACCAUCUGGUGACCCUGUUAACCUUGACAACAUAAAUUGCAUUACUUCCGGAUCGAAUAAAUUCGGAUAGCAGAUCAUAGAAAGAUACUUUCAGUUAUGGUUUAUAAUAAUGUGCAAUGGCGAAGUGAUCAUUUUUAUUGUCUAGCGUAGUUAUAUUCUACUUAUAAUAUAAUAUUGUUCAAAUACUUGAAAAAGCAUGAAAUGGUACCGUGGAUCUGUUUACAAUUUAAUGCUAAAUGCCUAGUUCUGUCAAGUUCACCUGAUGCGAUGUAAGCUGAUGCAAUUAUAGUACCAAAACACACAUUAUUAUCCUUUGUAACAGAAGUUGACUUAAUUGACUGGUGAGUGGAAAGUGUGACUGCUUUUGCGCAUUUGCUGUGGAUACCUUGGAAAGUGUUUUCCAUCCCGUCAUGGACUCUGAAGAGCUGCUAGGGCGCCUCAGUGGUCACAAGUGUAACUUGUUUCAAUGGAUCACAUUCCUGAAGCUUGGAUUGGUCUACCUCAGAGGAGCUUGGCCAGUGCUUGGAAUUAUUUUCUUGGGUGCCAACCCUGGGUUUGAAUGCAGCCUUCCAGACAACACCAACGAUACAAAAUACUAUAAGGAUGGGGAGUGCAGCAUAGUUAUUGAACAGUCAGGUCGAAAUGUCACAGAAAAAUGCACUUAUGGGAUUCGUUAUGGCAACAGUGUUGAAUCAACAAUAUUGACUGAAUUCAACCUUGUUUGUGACAACGACUACCUCGUGGAUCUGAGCACCACCAUCUACAUGAUUGGCAGUGCCCUAGGUGCUGUGCUGAUGACCCCCCUGUCAGACAAGUUUGGGCGCAAGAAGGUCCUUCUGGGUAGCCUGUGGGCACAGGGCGUUGUGGGAGUGGGCGUGGUGUUCGUGCAGAGCUAUGUGGCCUUUGUGAUCCUCAGAUUUGCCGUGGCCUUCCUUAAUAUGGCCAUAGCCCUCAUAGCCUAUGUGAUGGUCACAGAGCUGUUCACUGCAACCAAACGUACACGACCGUCCGUUGGCAUCAACAUAUUCUGGUCAUUUGGAAUAGUGACCUUGGCUCUGUUUGGCUACUUGGUGCGCAACUGGCGACAUCUCCAGCUGCUGAUCUCUCUGCCAAACUUCCUGACUAUUCUAUUCAUAUGGUUUUUGCCAGAGUCAAUGCAUUGGUUGGUGACCAAUGGCCGAUGGAAGUCCCUGCAGAGGACAGUGGAGGCUGCAGCCAGGGCCAAUGGGGUAGCAGUACCACAGGAUGUGAUAGAGGAACUACAGAAAAGAUACCAGCAGGAAAAAAGGAUACAGGCCUCCAGCAUGGGAACAGGCAAUAGUGAACACUCAUUUCAGAUGGAGGUAGUGGCUGGAAAAGACAGAAUUGAAACAAAAGUUGUGAAGAUGGAGCCAAAACCUGUUGUUAUACUUGAUUUGUUCCGAACUCCAAAAAUAAGAAAAUACACAAUUGUAAUGUUCUAUCUUUGGUUUGUGAUCAGUCUGGCCUACUUUGGUAUCCUGUUUAGUACUCCCACGCUGCAUGGCGACAUGUUUCUGAACCUGGCCAUCAGUGGAGCGGUCGAGAUUCCAGCCUGCCUGGUCUGUAUGCGGGUCUUGGAGAGGACUGGCAGAAGGAAGCCUCUGGUUUGUUUCCUGUUGUUGUGUGGGGUGAUGAAUAUUAUUCCUGUGUUUAUACCAACAGAAACUGCGUCCGGAAUUAGUCUUCAGCCUAUGAUAAUCACGCUGGCCAUGAUUGGCAAGUUUGGUAUCACAUGUGCCUACUCCACCGUGUACCUCAUGUCGGCAGAGAUAUUCCCAACAGCUGUAAGAAAUCAAGCAGUUGGAUUGUCAUCAUUUUUUGAAAAUAGCGGAAGUAUCUCUGCUCCAUUUAUUGUGUAUGGGGCCAAGAACAUGGCUGCGAUGCCGCUGGUUAUAUUCGGCAGUCUUACUGUCAUUGGAGGCCUACUGGCGCUACUGUUGCCAGAGACCCAGGACAGGGCCCUGCCAGAGACCGUACCGGACAUUAACCCUGGACCACUAGACCGGGCACCCGAAGCCUUGGAAUCGGGGGACAGACAUACUGUGUCUCAGGAAACCAUGUCCACUGCGUUGUGAUAAUAAAACAUUUGUGAAACAUUAACAUGAGUUUCAAAUACAGUCCUAUUCCCGUUUUUGGGGCCCUAUUGGCCAACCAAAUUUAGACCAAAGAAUGCAGGAUGGAACCUAGAAAACAUAAUUUUAUUAACAAACUGUUGUAGUACGUAAGUUGCAAAAUGUUAUAAAAUAUAGGUAUUAAAUGACAUUCUACACCUCACUUUAAAGUAGAUGUUUAACAUAAUAGUUGUUAGAAUAUUCUGUAUUUUUAGAUUGAAGUGUAAGAAUUGUUGGGUGAAUACAGGACCAGUCCUAUUUUCUCUCUUUGCAUGAUUUGAUGUGUUAAUUGUGGUUAAGACCACUAUGCAUGAUUGAUGUGUGAUAUGAUUGAUGUGUGAUAUUUGUGGUAGCACGGGUCAUGGUGCUCAGCUUUAACAUUUACCUCGGACAGUUUUGCUCUUUGUUGUGAUUAAAACUGAUUGAAGUGUUUUUGAAAAGUUCUCACAUAGAAUCUCAAUAUGGGCAAUGCAUAUCAUAUUUAUUACGCCGGUAGUCAAUGACUCAUCAGAUGCAUUUAUUUUGGACAACCUGUACAAUUAUCUGUAAUAUUGGUAACCAAUAUCAACCAGGUUGAUUUCUUUUGUUAUAUUUGAUCCGUCCAGAAACGUCCUUGAUUUUGACAGUUUUCCACUUCCCUUUUCUCUGAUAUGUUCAGGCAGCUCUAUUUGAGUUUAAAUGUCCUAUAACAUUUUCUUGGAUGAAUGCUCUGUUUUCUGCUUUAAAAAAGCAAAAAGAAAGAAAAACUUAGUACCUUUAGUUGAUAUUCCAAGGCGUGGUUUUAUUAUAUUUUGUAUAUCUUGGUAUCAAGAUUUCAAUUAUUUUAUAUCAGAAAAAAAAAUAAGAUAUCUUUUGAUAUAAGGAAUUUAAAUUAUUGAUAUCAAUAAAUUAAUUUCUGAUAUCAACAAAUUGAAUUCCUAUAUAAAAAUGUUUGUAUAUUUUGUAAUAAAUAAUAUUGAUAUCAGGAAAUCAUUUAAACAUAUAAAACAUCCAUUCUUUUCUUUCAGAAAAAUGGGAUUUGAUCAACUAAGCUUUGGUUUAUGCAGUAAUAACUUACUGUUCACAGUUCUGAAUUUAUUUUUGUGUCAACAAAUUGCUGAAUCUAAUGUUAAGCAUGCACAUUUUAUUUAAAUUUUCUUUGAAUUUAUGGGAAUUUUUUUACAAUAUUUGGCUCCUACAAUGGGUUUUUGCACAAGAUUAUACAAUUAUUUGCAUUAGUUUAUAGAAAACAAGUCAUAUAGUGUGGUUGAGCUAAGAAUUUCUUUUAAUCUUCACACAUCAAUUUUGGAUCAUAAUGAGAGGUCCAUGUUGGCCCAUAAUUCAUGAGAUGCAAUAAAGUAGAAUUCUUCUUUGAAUAGUUGACUGCUUUUUUCUCAGACUAUUCCUUUUGUCAGAAUGCUAUGAACCUUUGCAAAUAUGUGAACAAGAAUUUUGAAAAUAUACAUUUUAUAAUAUUUCUAAACUUACAUGUACAUGUAUCAGUACUUGAUUAUGAAUAAAUGUAAUUUAUUAAUGCAUGUGCAUACUGUAUGUUAUAGAAAUGUGUAAUUUUAUAUAUUAACAGGCGUUUUUUUUAAAUAUCUUUAAUAAACAGUGCUCGUUUUUUAUGCUCAAUUUUGGGGGAGCAUAUAGUUGCCGCUUUGUCUGUCCGUCGGUGUGCACAAUUUUUGUCCGGGCUAUUUCUCAGCAACUAAUGACUGGAAUUCAAUGAAACUUUAUGGGAAGCUUCACUACCAAGAAGAGAUGUGCAUGUUAUCAGCGGGUUCUGGUUGGAUGAUUUUUCACAGAGUUAUGGCCCUUUGAAAUUUUCCAUUAACUGUACAUAUAGUGAAAUUCUAGUCCGGGCUAUUUCUCAGCAACUAAUGACCGGAAUUCAAUGAAACUUUAUGGGAAGCUUCACUUCCAAGAGGAGAUGUGCAUAUUAUCAGCCUGUUCUGGUCGGAUGAUUUUUCACAGAGUUAUGGCCUUUUGAAAUUUUCUAUAAAAAAAAUCUUGUCCCCCCCCCCCCCAACUACUGUGCCCUCAAGACGUUUCCUUUUAUCUGAAUAUAUAGUGCAAUAUUGUGAUAAAAAAACACUUUCGGGAGCAUCACCCGUCUCUGACGGUUUGUUGUUUUUUAUUUUUAUAAAAUUUUUUGAUUGUGUAGUGUUAUAUGAUGUUCUAACGUCGGGUCUAUCACAUUUAACUAUCUUUUUUUUGACAGAUUCACAUCAUUUCUUAAUUAAGACAUUAUCAUUAAUAAAAAUACUAUUAAAUAACAA